AUGACCUCAGCUGAUCGAGGCACUCUUCUCGUCAUACUUUUAUCUCUAAUCGCUUCGUGUAUGAGUCAGUUAUCUCAAACUUCUGGGACGCAAUCAAAUACCAUUGUCAGUCAAUUAUUAGGAAAUUAUCCCAGGUAUCACGACCCUACCGAUGAACAAUUGUUGACGAUUUGGAGGAAAGCAUUACAACGAGCUCAAAUGAUGGAGGAAAUAUCAGCCAAGAGAAAAACCCACAAAUGUCUCAGCUCUUCGUGUGCUUUAUUAUCAUACGCUGAGAGACCGAGGCUCUGGACAGUGGUGCGAAGAGGCUAA